AUGCCCCCGGAGAGUCUAGCAGAAGGAACAACCCAAUUAUACAGACCAAGAAGCUAUGCCGAGGCAAAAUCAGGCAACAGAAAAAGAUUGCAGGUUGCUGCCACCAACCAUGCAUUGUCCGUGUGGAAGGAGCCGGGUGGCUGCUAUGCACUGGCUACUAAACUAUUACAGCAUCAUGUUCAUUCGGGUUCUAAGAAGACAGAUUCGGAGACGGACUUGAAAAAGCAGGGAACUGCUAACUUGAUGGCUUGCCGGAGGAAGACAGAGUGCGGUCAGUUUGCAGCUGCUAUAGGUUUGCUCUCCUCAUCUGGGGUGUCUCCUUGCAGCGAGAAAACUUACCUCGAUUUGCAAGAUAAGCACCCUCCUGCUCAUUCACCUGCUAUUCCUGAUGAUGUUUUCUUGGCUGAACCUAUCACGGUGGAUUCUCGUGCUGUGUUGGGAGCUAUCAAAAGCUUCCCAAAAGGUACAUCGUGUGGGCGUGAUGGUCUUCGGGAUCAGCAUCUGGUUGAUGUGAUGAGUGGAGCAGAUGUAUCGGUGGCGGAUAAUCUUCUCGCUUCGAUUAUAGGGGUUGUCAACCUUUGGUUGGCCGGUACAUGCCCUGCGUCUCUAGGUGAGUUCGUCGCCAGUCCACCCCUAACUCCUUUGCUUAAGCCUGGGGGUGGUAUUCGGCCUAUUGUUGUGGGCACGGUUUGGCGAAUAUUGGUCUCAAAAGUAGCUGCCUUCUCUGUUGGUAAAGACAUGACUUCUUACUUAGGCGAUUACCAAUUUGGAGUUGGAGUGCCUGCUGGAGGAGAGGGUAUUUUACAUGUUGUAAACUGCUUACUAGAGAUGAAAGGGCAUUCCGAUAAAAUGUCAAUGUUGCUUAUUGACUUUUCCAAUGCCUUUAACAUGGUGAGAAGAACUCAGCUCAUCAAAGAAGUUCGCCUACAUUGUCCAGGUAUUUCUCGCUGGGUAGAAUUUUGUUACUUGCGUCUUGCUAAGCUCUAUUAUGACCAAUAUAUUUUGUCGUCUGCACUUGGAGUUCAACAAGGAGACCCCCUCGGUCCCUUACUGUUUGCGUUGACACUUCACCCCCUAGUGAAGUCGAUUGCUUCUCGAUGCACACUUGAUUUACACGCUUGGUACCUUGAUGAUAGCACUAUUAUUGGUGAUACUUUGGAGCCUUCGAUUGAUCCCAGAAGCACAACUGAUGGUGUUUUUCCAUCUGAUAUUGGUAGACCCUCUAAUGGUGUUAAACUUAUUGGUGGUCCGGUGGGUUUAGAUUUGAACUUUAUUAGUGGCAUGUUGUUGACCAGGGUGAGUAAGACUGUUCAACUAAUGUCGGUGAUCAAAAAACUCAAAGACCCACACAGUGAGAUGCUAUUAUUUCGCAAUUGUACUGGUGUAUCUCGAUUAUAUUUUGCAAUGCGAACGACCAAUCCAGCAGCCUUACAACCAGCCACUGAUCUUUUUGAUGACCAUUUAUUUAAGUAUUUACGUUUACUCAUCACCGGAGAUGGUGCUGGUUUUGGUCCCCUGCAACAGAGAUUAGCCACCUUGCCCAUCAAAGAGGGUGGUCUUGGCAUUUAUACCAUGGCUGACACUCGUGCUUACUGCUAUCUCGCUUCCCAGAGUCAGACAGCUUCAGUGAAGAAGAUAAUUCUUGGUAAUUUAUUCUCAACAAACAAAGGAUCUGCUUAUCAGCUGGUUCUUCAGAACUUUAUCCAGUGUAACCGUGUCAAUCAUGCUCAAGAUUAUAUAUUAGCGAUACCUAUUAGUGGGCUCAAUCAGUGCUUCAGCCCUAGACAGUUACGAGUUGUACUCUGCUAUAGACUUGAUAUCCCUUUGUUUGUUGAGGAUAGUUUAUGA